CAGGAUACCAAUCCUUCAACCUACGAAAUGUCUGAACGCUAUAAUAAUGGUGACUUCACCAGUGAGAUGUGCGUCGGCUGCACAGCGCAUCACUGGGCUGUCGCCUCACGAGCUUUGGUUUGCAUUUUAACCAUAGGACUUUCCGAGCUACUCAGAGGUAAAGAUGGAUGGUGCGGGUUCUGGUUCUCUCCUGAAGGUGGCUCGAGGCCCGUGCUACCUAGACCACCUUACCAAAGCCAAUUCCCUACUGAGCGAGAGUGGUCACCGAGAAUGACACAUAUGGAAAAUGAUCCCCGGCAUAGAGCUUUCUCAUAUCCGAUCCCAACUUACAACCAGGGAGAGCUAGACCGUGAAAUCUGUGGCUCUUUUCCGCAACCGCAGAGUCCUGCUACAGGAGCCUUUCCGCUACCCCAGAGUCCUGCUGCAGGCUCCUUUACGCAGGCGCAGAGUCUUGCUUCGGGAGAGCAAUUUGGCAGCCCUCCCCCGGUUAGCCCGAUUGCACAGUAACUAGCCCUUCAGCUACA